CAGCUAGGCAAGCUUGCCAGCGUAAGCGUUCUCGACUUGUGGGUGGGUUGUCUCACGAUGAUUACCUCGAGUCCCUUUCAGGCUGCCUCUGCUUGCCGCUUUUCCGUCACGACAAUCCAGCUGUACCUGAGCUGCCGACGUUCUUAGAGACACAAACGUCUGCUUGGCCAGCUCGGGUGCAGGACUUGCCAGCAGGUGAACAGCCUCCCCAGAUACCGUUUUCGGAGCAGAUAACUUUGGCUUGUGGCCUCGCCGAGUUCGUUCGCGACAACAUGCCAUCACGGGUGUGUGCAGUCUGCAGUGAGUGCAAGUCCGCUUCAGAGGUCCGGGCGCUGCAGUUCAGCGAGAUAGCUGGCGUUGAGCUGCUACGUGCUGACAUGCGGCGGACUGCGGCUGUGCCUCGUUGCGCGCACGUUCUGUAUUGGCGGCGUGUCGAUCGGCGUGAUUGCAAAAACCCGCCGGAUCCCGUACUGCCACGCGGCUACAAGGCCGCUGGUGGUCAGUCGGGCAACGUCGGCGUAGUUGACACAUCCGCUGGCGAGGGCAGCGGCGAGACCAGCAGCGGCCUUGACGACUCUACCGAUGAUCGGCUGUCACGCCGACGACGCUGCGACAUAGACCGUCCUCCAACGUAUGCGCCACGGGUAGGGGUACGGCUGUGUGACGAUAAUCCCGUGGCGGUGGAGGUGCCGUACUGCAUGCGCGCGGAGACGGUACUGCCCAACCGAACGAUGAACGUUUCAGCGGACGGCGUGGAGCGCUUUACGGUCUGCUCGGAAUGCAUACAGGCCUUACAGGGUGGGCGGAUCCCAGAUGGGGCGCUGGCUGGAUGGUUGGAUCCCGGCGACGUACCCCCUGUAAAUCAGCAUGGUCAUUCGCUCGUACCGCUGACGCAUCUGGAGAGCUUGGUGGUGGGCCUCGCUCGCCCUCACAUGCGGCUGCUCGUUGUGCGGCAGCCGGGUACACCCAGCUGGCGCGCGGUGGAUACCUUGCCAGCGGCGUUGCGUGGGCAUACGCUCGCCUUUCCAAACAACGUGCCCAGCGAGCUCCAGCGUGUUGUGCCAUACGCUCCAGCGGAUCUGCCGUCCUUCAUUCAGGUCGUGCUAAUUGAUGCUGUCAAAGAUCGUGCCGACCUCGAGGCCAAAGUGCGGCAGGCACCAUGCUUGAAGAUGCGGGGCCUGGCUAUCGCUGCAUGGGCGGAGUGGGCCGUUCGCGUGAAUCCAAUGGCUCAGGUGGACCACGCUGCACUUCAGCAGUAUCGCGCUCUGGGUGCGGAGCCGACGGUGCCAGAGCCGUUAGUGGCGCACGCGGUGGCUACAGAUGACCCAGACACGGCAGCGGUCAUGCGCGCUGCAUUUGAAGGGGAUCGUGCCGGCAACGCUCGGGUGCGGCAGCAGCAGGAUGAUGUGGAAGCGGCGACGGAGGGCGCGAAUGCAGCAGGUGGUCGAUCGCCUGGUCCGGGUGCUGGUCAGGAGCCAGCGCCGUCUGGUCGUACGCCAAAUAUCCCGGUGACAGGCGUCUUCGCUCGGCCGUCGCCCAUGGCGGCCGCACUAGCCGUGCCGGGCGGUACAGCUGGUGUCGUUGUGUCGCCUGCAGCCGCACUGCAGCCAGACGGAUACAUCGGACCUGGAGUACACAUGCUGGGGCUGGAUGACGUCGAGGUGCACCAUGGGGGCGCAUACUCUACUUUCGACCCUUUAGAUGAUAGUACGGACCCGUCAGCUAUCUUGCAGCGCCUUCAGCAAGGUGGCGUGGUGGUUAGUGCAGCCGGUGGGCGUGGGGCGAGCAACAGCGCCUCAUCGCCAACUCUACGCAUAUCGCAACUGCCUUCGCCGCUCUCCGUCACUACGUUCUCCGCGCACCUGCAAACACACCCGCACCCCAACAAUUCGCCAACAACCGCAACGUGGUCAACCCCCGCGACGUGAAAGGCCGCCUCGGCUGCCUGACCAAUGGCCUCAUCCCCACGCUGCUGCGAGCGUUCCCUGCCACCCUCGCGCUUGCAGGAAGCGCCGCGCUCUACGCAGUCCUCCAGAUCCCCCUGGAAGCCAUCACCCCCAACCUCGUACACGACUAGGACAUCUACGUCAUUGCUCCCACCGCAGCCGCUGGCUUCACGAUCCUUCGCAACGCCAUCCACCUCCUCACCAUGCUGCAAGACGUCCAUAUCCUGCGCAUCAUCGACACCGAGCGCGCCACGACCGUCGUGUGCGACGUCACCAUUGGCAACCGCACCACCCACCAACGCGUUCAAUUCAACAAGCGCGUCGCCCAACACAAGCAUGCCAUCGUCACAGCCUAUGACCUCUCCGUAGUCAUGCUUGCCGUCCUCCUCGACGACCCGGCAGACCCGGACCUCAACACGUACUGCCACGCCCUCUGGUUCUACUCGCUAAUUGUCGGCGCCGCCAUUUCCAUCCCCAGCCAAUUCUCCCUCCGCCGGGCGUCUAAGUACCACGCCCGCGGCUUUCCCCUAUGGAUCACCCGCUACCACCCGGUGGUAUACCUCUCCAACGGCCGCAUCCAGUGCCCGCCUACCGAGCUCGCAUCGGCGGGCGGCAACCUCUUCGUCAUCGCCUACGACGACUUCGCCGCCUUCAUGCGGUGCACGGGCGCGCAGCUCCGCUCCCUGGUCAGCCGCGCCACCAGCAUGGCGUCCACUGAAUGGCGUGACCCCGGCAGCACACUCUCCGCCACCGAAUGGAGCCGCCUGCGCCCGCACCUGCACCGCGCCCAGCUGGACGACGAUGCCCACGUGCUCCACACCAAGUGGAACCCCGCCGCCAUCCCGUGGAUGGGCGAGCGCCGCAACGCCCACUGAGGGGCCGACGUUUUGCUUUGCGGCGUAACGGUACACUUGCGCAGCACUGGGUUUGGUUGGUGUCCGUUUUGCUAAGGGUUACACGGCUGGUUAUAUGGCACUAACUAGACUGUUUGACACCAUGCCGAGCUGUUCAGUUGUUGUUGAAAGGGGCCGACGUCUUGCUUUGCGGCGUAACGGUAACGUCCACUAGAUAACGACCUGCUGUACUUUUAGCAGGAUAGAUCCGACGGCUGGUUGCGCAGCACUGGGUUUGGUUGGUGUCCGUUUUGCUAGGGGUUACACGGCUGGUCACAUGGCACUAACUAAACUGUUUGGCACCAUGCCGAACUGUUCAGUUGUUGUUGAAAGGGGCCGACGUUUUGCUUUGCGGCGUAACGGUAACGUCCACUAGAUAACGACCUGCUGUACUUUUAGCAUGAUAGAUCCGACGGCUGGUUGCACGGCACUGGGUUUGGUUGGUGUCCGUUUUGCUAGGGGUUACACUGCUGGUCACAUGCCACUAACUAGACUGUUUGGCACCAUACCAAGCUGUUCAGUUGUUGUUGACUUGUUGCCAGUUGCCAAAAGACUGGCGACAAUUGAACCAGGUUGUACGCUUGGCAGAGAAUACCUGCCGGCCGAUUGUACGGAGAUUGACUCCUUGUAGCAGCAACAUACCGCCCAUACAUUUGUCGCCUCCUCCCGUUCCACACCACAUACCCAACCUAACUUUCAGCUUACAUAACUCGCUUCCCUUGCCGAGCUACGGGUCGCUCCCGCCG